AUGAGCGACCUUCAAAGGGCUUGGGCUAAGUCGAAGCUUGGGGUUGCGCACGUCGUGUUUGAUGAGGCUGAGGAGGACUACACGAUACCCGAGGCGGCUGAUGUGGUUGACGACGACUCAUCAUCGGCAUCCUCUGCGUCUUCAGUUUCCUCAACUGGCACCAUCGUGCCAACGGCGACCCAGCGUCUUUUUUCACGACCAAAUGGAGUCUCCCGAGGGCGGACAUUGGAGCAGAUCCCAUGGACGACAUAUUUUGAACGGGAACUGUACAUGGACUCGGCAGAUCAGUCGGUCAAGUUCCACGCCUACCUCAGCUCGCCUGUUGAAAAGGGACCUCUGUUUGUCAUGCACCAUGGAGCUGGCUCCUCUGGGCUGACGUUUGCUUUACUUGGUUCCGAAAUUCGGAAGCGCAUGCCCAACGCCGGAAUCCUCGCGGUGGACUGCCGCGGUCACGGCUCCACAACGACGAAGAACGAAGGCAACGUAGACUUGAGUCUGCAGACCCUGUCCUCGGAUCUCCUAUUCAUGAUUGAGGCGGUACAGAAGCAGAUGAGCUGGGCUUGCCUGCCGCUGCUCGUCCUCGUGGGCCAUUCUCUCGGCGGCGCCGUCGUGACACACUUGGCCAGCACGAAAAGGCUCGGGUCGUCGCUGCUCGCCUACGCCGUGCUCGACGUCGUCGAGGGAUCCGCGAUUGAUGCCCUGCAGAGCAUGCAGAGCUAUCUCUCAACGCGCCCCAAUGGCUUUGCGAGCGUGGAAUCUGGCAUAGACUGGCACAUUCGGACGAGAACAGUGCGAAACAGCACGUCGGCGCGCACGUCGGUCCCCGCGCUGCUGUUGCUGCACAAAGACGACGGCAUGCCCAGUCCAGAGGGGCCGUGGCGGUGGCGGACCGACCUCGCGGCCACGCAGCCCUUUUGGGAGGGCUGGUUUGCCGGGCUGAGCAAGAAGUUUCUGGCGGCGCCCGGCGGCAAGCUUCUGCUGCUCGCGGGGACGGACCGUCUGGAUACAGAGCUGACGAUUGGCCAGAUGCAGGGGAAAUACAACCUGCAAGUGUUUCCAGAGGCGGGGCACUUUAUCCACGAAGACCUGCCGGAGCAGACGGCGAUUAGCCUGGUAGACUUUUAUAAGAGAAACGACCGGAGCCAGCUGGUCCUGCCGCCCAAAGUGUCGGAUCUGUUGAAGCAGGGGAAGAAGGUAUAG